UACGUGUCACGCUUACAUCCAAUAAUAGCUCAACCCAUCACUUCAUAGUUCUGACUUUCCAAACCAUAGAAAAUUAAAUAAAGAUCAUCGUUGUUCUUGAUCAAACAUGGCAUCGAUGAUUCCCUUGCAAACCAUAAUUCCCAGCAUUACUAAGAUCCCAUUUGCAGGAACAAAUGGAAAUGGAAAUGGUAGUGUAGCAUUUAGCACCGGUGGAAGGAUUCAUCAUGAGAAGAAGAUCAAGAAUAAAAUUGGAUCUUCAGUUGUGGUUUCUGCAGUUGGAGACUUAGCAGCAGAUAGCACCACUUACCUUGUUGCUGGUGCCAUUGCUGUCGCACUUGUUGGAACUGCUUUCCCCAUCGUCUUCUCUCGCAAAGACACAUGUCCAGAAUGUGAUGGAGCAGGGUUUGUUAGGAAGGCUGGAGCAACAUUGAGAGCAAAUGCAGCACGUAAGGAUCAAGCCCAAAUUGUUUGUGCUCGCUGCAAUGGUUUGGGCAAACUCAACCAAAUUGACAAAUAGACACUUAUCAUUCUUCAUGCUCCCUAUUUUCUUUACCUCUUGUUUUCUCUGUGCAAGUUGUAACAAAAGAUACUAGUUUCUUGGUUGAGAAAACUAUCAUUCCAUACUUUAUUGUGCAAGGUUGCGUUACAAAUCUAAUGCUGUAUAUGAGAUAUCAUCAUAUUA